CAUACAUGCUAUUUUAUCGUGUUAAAGGAUAAGUUGCGGUUACGCAUAUACUUUGUUACUCAUUGUAAACGUUAAAUACACGUCCAUCUACAUUAUUAUUUGUUAAACGUUGACAUACGUUUAUUUAACAAUACAAAAUGGGAAAGGGAUUUAAUAAUUACAUGUGCAAAAAAUUUUUCCAUCCAGCAUCCCGAGACAACUUGAAACGAGUAUGGAUGGCUGAACAACAAGCAGAGGCUUAUAAGAAAAAGCAAGAAGAAUUACGUGUUCAAUAUGAAAAGGAACAGGACCUUCACAAUAACAAAGCUUUGUUGAGUAAAGAAAGCAAGGAUAAGCUUAGCGUAAAUUUUAUGUAUGAACCGCCACCUGGAGCAAAAAAAGAAAGAGAGAAAGAAGAUAACGAGCCAGAGUAUAAAUUUGAGUGGCAACGCAAGUACAAUGCACCAAGAGAAAGUUAUUGUAAAGGAGACAGUGAAAUAAGAGAUCAACCAUUUGGUAUUCAAGUACGAAAUGUUCGUUGUAUCAAGUGUCAUAAAUGGGGACACAUAAAUACAGAUAAAGAGUGUCCUCUGUACAGUCAAGCAAUGAGCGUAGUAAUGGCAAAUAAUUCACCAAGUACAUCUGCUCCAGAUGCUUUAACGUUAGUGCAACAAAUGAGAGAAGAUGGAUUAGCACUGAAAAAAUCUGCUCUUAGUGCUCAACAACAUUUACGAGUCCCUGAGCAUGAACAUCUUAUGAUAUCAGAUGAUGAAGAGCAAUCUGAAAUUACAUUCUUGAAAACCUUGUCUAAAAAAGAAAAAAAGAAGUUAUUAUUGAAAUUACAACAACUUGAGAAAAAAACCAAGAAAGCGGAAAAGAAGAAAUUGAAAGAGAAACGAAAUAAACACAAAAGAAAUAAUAGCGAAUCAGAAACUGACAGUAGUAGCAGCAGCAGCAGUGAUAGCUGUAGUGAUAGUACUACUAGUAGUUCGAGUACUAGCAUCAUAAGUAGUAGUAGUAGCUCUGUGAAUACCAUUGAUAAAACUUUAAAUGAUUACACAUCAAAAAAGCUUAAGAAGAAACAAAAGAAAAAGGAAAAAGCAGGUUAUAUUUCAAAUGGUGGCUCUAUGAAUCGUCAUCGGAAAAAAGAGAAAGAUAGAACAGGUAAUCAGAAGAGAAGAAGUGAAUUUAAGCAUGAAAGGAAACCCAAAUACAAGAAAUAUUAUGGAAAAGAUGUGAAAGAAAGUAAAAAUAAAGAUUGUUAUAUCUACAAGAAAAGAAAGUUCAUAGAAUCUAAUGAAGACAAAAUCAGUGAAAAUCAAAACAAAAAGAGAACUAAACGAUUUUAAAAUUAAUUGUGUUUUCGAUAUAAAAAAUACACGCGUGGUGUAAAGGCGCACGCUGUAUCUAGUAUUCACAUAAGUUGUGUAGAGUACAAGAAGUACGAUAUAUGCAUAGUGAGUCACAUAUUCUAUGUCAUUCCAGAAGAUAUUAAUUGCAUUCCUUUUCAUAUGCUUUACGAUCAAAAGUAUAAUUCUCAGUGUGAAAGUUGAGAAUUUAUGUUAUACAUAUACACAAAAAUAUUUCGUAUACCGCGACUUAUCUUUCAAAACUAUAAAUGUUUCAACAAAUACGCUCAAUAGUUCAUUUCAGGUGUAAUAGUUUAAUCUGACUCACCUUGUAUAUUCAUAUAGAUGGAAUAAAAAGCACAAUGUAUGUAAUUAAUUAAUAAAUUUUAAGUGAACAAUAGAAAUAAUAGUUUCAUAAAUAUAUAUUUCAGAUGGAACAAGACUGUUUAAAGAAAUUUUUUACACAAAUGUUAUUUUAGACUUGUUAUUAUUUCAUCCGUAGAUGGCUAUAAUUGGUAUUUUAUUAUGAAUAUGUAACAUUAAUAUCAUUAAGUAUUAAUAGGACUUUUGUUUUCAAGAGAAUGUAACUGCUUAAUAAAUACAUAAACAGGAUUUCUAUUGUAAUAUUAUAUACACGAGAAUGAUUUAGUUUUAAAAUAUAGCCUAUGUCAAUUUAAGAUAGUACUAUAUAAUUGAUAAAUGUUUAUACGAAAUUAAGUGUCAAGCUUUUUGAUAUGUCCUAAUUACAGAUACCAAAACAGCGAAAUAGUCACUAAAUUAAAUUGAAUGAUACUAUUGGAUAUUUAGGCAUGUAUAUUUGAAAAUGCUUUGGUCACUUCUUCUUGUUAUAAGUUUGUCAUGAAAAGAUAUAUGUAGAAGUAAAUUCAUUAAUGCAUUAUAUUUUAAAGAAAAAAGUGAGAAAGCAUUUUCAUACCUUCAUAUAUUUAUCUUACAGGAUGUUAAUUUCUCACUCUCAACAUUUUACUUUUUUAACAUAAUUAACUAUUAACAAGAAUUUUACAUACUUAUUACUACACACGCAUGCGCAGAUGAGCGCGUAUAAGUCUUUCUAUGGAAAAUUUAAUACUAUCCAGCCGGUAGCUGUGAACACUUGGGCAGUUAAAAUUUUUUGCAUAAUUGUCAUUUUCACAACGAUUAUAUGUAAAAAGUAGAAUCGGAUUGGCUAUUGAAUAAAAACAAUGAUUUAUUGUUGUCUAUCGACGGAUGUAUUCAAAGUUAUGUAUGUACAUGUAAUUAGCGAAUGACGUAUAAAGACUAGCGAUAAAUUUAUUCUUGAGUGAAAUAUACAUAUGUUUAAAUAAUUCAUCAAAUAUAAGUUGGAAGAAACAAUAAAACAUUUUUUUCAAAUUUUAAUCAAAGGUCGUAUAAAAUAUCUCGAUUAAUUCUAUUUCCACUAAUCAUUACUGCAAAAUAUAUUUUUAAAGUUUGAAUCCUAAAAUGGGAUAUCAUAUACGACCAUGAGAUAUUCUAAUUUUUUCCUCUUAUAAAACGCUACCACUUGCGACGAUUACAACUAUUCGACAGAGGAAAAUAUAUAUAUUUAUAAUCCUUCUCCGAUUCUACUUUAACAAAGAUCAAUACAAUUUUUAUUUUUAUACUGUUAUUCUUCUUCCUUUUCUUUUCUUUAUUUUAUUUGCAUGCUCUCCCUCUUUCUCUGGUCCUAAGAAAUUAAUUUUAUUCUAAUGGUAGAACAAGACUUUCAAGUUUAGCUGUAUCCAAUAUAUUAGUCUCAAUCAACAUGAUCUAUAUAAAUUUAAUACGAUGUUUAUCGUCUAAGAAAUUUGUGAAUUACUUCGGAAUGUAUAUUUAUGUAAAUAACUUUUUUGAACUUACAAUUAGUUUAUUGAACAACAAAGCAAUGAAAAAGUUGCACGAUUUACAUAUUCGCACGAGCAAUGCAUUCCAAAGAGGCGGUAAAUUCAUUUUAUUCUUUUUAUGGCAGACCUCUAAAUAUAUGCAAGCUAAACAAAUUUAUUUUUAUAUACUAACUUAAUUUUUAUAUACUAACGAUAAACUCGUAUUUGUCAAUGAAUGGAACGUUUUAAAAACUUGAAUUAGUCGUUGCAACAGUAAGAUAUGUCAUAAAAAAUAUCUUUCAGGUUUUUCAAUGAUAUAGCAUUUUGUUUAAACAGAAUGUACUUAUUAUCAGGAAAUUGGACAUAUUUACAUAAGGAAAACGCAUACAAUAUUCCUUCUUUGCACUGAAAACAAUGAUCAGUCACAUUAGAGAGCAAUUGCAGGCCUACAUACGAUUUGUACGCGAAUUGCACUGCCCUAUAAGCGUAACUUUUUCGACAUUUAGACUUAUUCAUCUUUAAAUAUAUAUAUAUAUAUAUAUA